CACUGACUUCUUCACACAUGUGUGAUACCCUCAACCACAUCAAGGUCUGUAGGCUAUAGGAGUCCAUUUUUCUCAGUUUUGCUUUCUCUCUUCGCUGUCUUGCUUCUACUGAUAUAUAGAAAACAUUGAAAACAACAUAAACAAAGCUCUCUCUCUUUCUCUUGGGUCCUUCAAUGGCUUCUGCAACCUGCAGAUACUAUCUUGUUUUCCUUUUUAGCUUUUGCUUCACCCUCUUCUUCAUCAGUUCAGCUUUAACUGAAGCUGAUAUCCUUCUUUCCUUCAAGACAUCCAUUGAAGACCCGAAGAACACUCUUUCAAGCUGGUCUAUUAACUCCACUGUCCCUUAUUGUAAAUGGACUGGAGUUUCUUGCACCAAUGGCACUUCUUCUUUAACUGUAACUUCUCUUGAUCUUCAAAGUUUGAAUCUUUCAGGUGAAAUCUCUGCUUCUAUAUGCGGACUUACCAAUUUGACCUUUCUCAGUCUAGCUGAUAAUCUUUUUAACCAGCCUAUACCUCUUCAUCUAUCUCAGUGUAGUUCUUUGGUAACAUUGAAUCUUAGUAAUAAUCUUAUUUGGGGUACAAUCCCAGAUCAGAUUUCUCAGUUUCAGUCUUUAAGGGUUCUUGAUUUUAGCAGAAAUCAUAUUGAAGGAAAGAUACCAGAAAGCAUUGGGUCUUUGGUGAAGCUGCAAGUUCUCAACUUGGGAAGCAAUUUGCUUUCAGGUAGUGUUCCUUCUGUUUUUGGGAAUUUUAGUGACCUUGCUGUUCUUGAUCUGUCUCAAAAUGCAUAUUUGGUGAGUGAGAUUUCUAGUGAUAUUGGGAAUCUUAAGAAGCUGGAGCAGCUUUUCUUGCAAAGUUCUGGUUUUUACGGUGAAAUUCCUAAUUCUUUUGUGGGUUUGCAAAACCUAGCCAUUUUGGACUUGUCGCAGAACAAUCUAAGUGGUGCGAUUCCUCCAACGUUAGGGCCUUCUCUUAAAAGCUUAGUUUCUUUUGAUGUUUCACAAAAUAAGCUUUCUGGGUCAUUCCCUAAUGGUAUAUGCAGUGCUCAAGGCCUCAUAAAUCUUGGUCUGCAUACUAAUUUCUUUAAAGGAGCAAUAUCCGGUUCAAUUAACGAAUGCUUGAACCUUGAGAGGUUUCAAGUCCAAAAUAAUGAGUUUUCUGGUGAUUUUCCAGAUGGAUUAUGGUCAUUAAGCAAAAUAAAGCUCAUCAGAGCAGAAAACAAUAGAUUUUCUGGAAAAAUACCAGAUACAAUAUCAAUGGCAGCUCAAUUGGAGCAAGUGCAGAUAGAUAAUAACAGCUUUACUGGUAAAAUUCCUAAUGGUCUUGGUUCCGUUAAGAGCUUAUAUAGAUUCUCUGCUUCUCUCAAUGGUUUUUCUGGUGAAUUGCCUCCCAAUUUCUGUGAUUCUCCAGUUAUGAGUAUUAUAAACCUGUCGCAUAAUUCCCUUUCUGGUCAUAUUCCUGAGCUCAAAAAAUGUAGGAAAUUGGUCUCAUUAUCUUUGGCAGAUAAUAGUCUUACUGGAGAAAUCCCACCAUCUCUUGCUGAUUUGCCCGUGCUAACUUACCUUGAUUUGUCAAAUAACAAUCUCACUGGUUCAAUUCCACAAGGGCUUCAAAAUUUGAAGCUUGCUCUAUUCAAUGUAUCAUUUAACCAACUUUCUGGUAAGGUCCCUUCUGCUCUCAUCUCUGGUCUCCCUGCUUCUUUCUUGGAAGGAAAUCCUGGCCUAUGUGGCCCGGGAUUGCCUAACCCGUGCUCUGAUGAGAUGCCAAGACACCAGAAUUCUGUUGGUCUCAGUGCAAUGGCAUGCGCUUUGAUCUCUAUUGCUUUUGGCAUCGGAAUUUUGCUUGUUGCUGCUGCAUUUUUUGUGUUCCGUAGAUCCUCUAACUGGAAAUCUCAAAUGGGUGGUUGGCGAUCAGUGUUUUUCUAUCCUCUUAGAGUAACGGAGCAUGAUUUGGCCAUGGCAAUGGACGAAAAAAGUGCUGCAGGAAGUGUUGGAGCUUUUGGCAGAGUAUACAUUAUAAGCUUACCAAGUGGAGAACUAGUUGCUGUAAAGAGGAUAGUCAAUAUUGGUAACCAAACUUCAAAAGCAUUAAAGGCCGAGGUCAAGACAUUAGCAAAGAUUAGGCAUAAGAACAUUGUUAAAGUUCUCGGCUUUUGCCACUCAGAUGAAUGCAUCUUUCUAAUUUAUGAAUAUUUGCAAAAGGGGAGCUUGGGGGAUAUGAUUGGCAAGCCUGAUUGUCCGUUGCAAUGGAGUGUUAGAUUAAGGAUUGCCACUGGGGUUGCUCAAGGAUUGGCAUACCUUCACAAGGACUAUGUUCCGCAUUUACUCCAUAGAAAUGUCAAGUCAAAGAAUAUUCUUCUGGAUAUGGAUUUUGAACCAAAGCUUACAGAUUUUGCCCUUGAUAGACUUGUGGGAGAAGCUGCCUUCAGGUCAACCAUUGCUUCAGAAUCUGCAAAUUCCUGUUACAACUCUCCUGAGCUUGGAUACAGCAAGAAAGCAACAGAGCAAAUGGACGUUUACGGCUUUGGUGUUGUGCUAUUGGAGCUCAUAACUGGCCGUCAAGCUGAACAAGCAGAACCAACUGAGUCUCUUGAUAUCCUGAAAUGGGUUAGAAGGAAAAUCAACAUAACCAAUGGGGCAAUCUCAGUUCUAGAUCCUAAAAUACCAAAUUCUUUCCAUCAAGAGAUGCUAGGAGCUCUAGAUAUUGCCAUUCGAUGCACUUCCGUGAUGCCUGAGAAACGACCUUCAAUGGUUGAAGUUGUAAGAGGACUCGUGUCACUAAGCUCAAAACCACAGCUUCCAUGUUCAGAAUUUUCAACCUUGGAGGAGAAUUCAAGUCCAGUUUGAAUGCAGAAGAAUAGUUUCUCUUAGCUUUUUGUUUCAGGUCUUUGUCUGUAAAAAAGUAAAAAAAAAGAAUGCAAGUUGAUUUCACAUAUCUUAGUUAAAAUCUCCUCUGAUUGAGGAAUGAAAAAGUGUUUGUAAGGUAUUCUCUGCUCUGGGUUUGGAUUGGCAAACCAAUUGGGAAAAGUAAUACAAGAGUAUUGGAUCGGAUUAGAAAAUUUGAGACUCAGAAAUUCAACUCA